UACCGGUCCCACUGACGCUUAGAUCAAACAAACCCGACUAACCGCUCAAGGAAGUUUUGGUCACAUGACUGGAAUGUGCAUAGUUCAAGGUCAAGGCAGGUGCUCGUUCGCUUAAUUUGUACUGGUGACAAAGCGAAAGAGAUGCUGAUUGUUUUGAUGGGUGUGUGCGGUUGUGGAAAGACAACCGUUGGUGAGGCUGUUGCAGAUUCUACAGGCUGGGGUUAUUGGGAUGCUGAUGAUUUCCACCCAGAGUCUAAUAAGAGUAAAAUGAAGAACAGUCUUCCUCUCAACGACGAGGACAGGGUACCAUGGCUGCUUGCAAUACACAGACAUCUUAAAAGUUUGCAGGAAGCAGGUUCUUCUGGAAUUGUUUCAUGUUCUUCUCUGAAGGCAUGCUACAGGAACAUCUUGAGAACUGGUCACACUGGAAGCCUUUUGGGAGACCAUAAUUCUGGUGCAGAUUUAAAAGGGGAGAGAUGUAGUGCGCCAAACACCACCAAUCAAGGCAACAAUGAAUCUUUGAAUGGGCACAGUAAGGACAAAGAAGACGGUGUAGUUAGCCUUGACCUAGUCUUUGUCCACCUCAACGGUAGUGAAGGUGUUCUGCAGGGGCGUCUGGAAGCAAGGCGUGGCCAUUUUAUGCCCCCAGCCCUGCUGCAAUCCCAGCUGGAGACCCUGGAGCCACUUUUGCAGUGGGAGGCUGGCUUAACCGUGGACGUGGACCAGCCCCACCAGGACACUGUGAGGGAGAUUUUGCAAAAACUGGGGCAAACAUGACUGGAAAAUAUAGUGAUGUCAUAUAUCAAUAAAUACCAGGACUUGAGGCAAUUGUUUUGGGUUAGGGUUAGGACCAUGUUUUAAACAUGCCAUCAGCAAUACAUAAGCAGACAAGUGUUCAACUUCAGUGAUUUGUUUUAAUUUAACAGAUAUUUUACAACAUUUUUAUUGAAGUUAAGCAAUUUUAUAUUUUUAUACUUUAUUCAAACAAAUCAGUCUCUCUAUUUAACCUGUAAUUCCUUCGAUACAGAAAAAUAAAUUGUACAAAACAUGUUGUAUGUAUGUGCAAAGCUUUUGUACAAAGCUGACAUAUUAAUAUUGGUUAUGCAAAUGAAUCUGCCAAUAAAGCUUGUUUUCAAAAUAA